UUGUGCACCAACAUCAUGAAACAGUUCGUAGUGCUCGUUUCAGUACUAGUGGCAGCCGUGUCCCUGUCUGAUGCUGCUAGGUCCCGUAGGGAUGAGAAGUACACCACGAAAUAUGACAACGUAGACCUGGAUGAGAUUCUUGCAACCGACAGACUACUCAACAGCUACAUCAAAUGUCUUCUGGACACCGGAAGAUGCACUGCUGAAGGCAUUGAACUAAAAUCUCACAUCACAGAUGCUCUGGAAACGGACUGUUCAAAAUGCAACGAGAGGCAGAAAGAAGGAUCAGAUAAAGUGAUCAAGUUCUUAUACAAUAAAAAGCCUGAUCAGUGGAAGCUGUUGCAACAGAAAUAUGAUCCGAAUAACAAAUACGUACAGAAGUAUGAGAGUAAACUUGGCCUGAAGAAAAUAAAGCAAUUAAUUAAUGUGGCAUUCGAAUCACAAAGAAUUUGGUGCGUUCAAAUCACCAUGAAGCAGUUCGUGACUAUUCUCUUCGUGCUAGUAUCAGCCUUGGCCCUGGCUGAAGCUGCUAGGCUCCGCAGGGAUGAGAAGUACACUACGGCAUACGACAACGUAGACGUUGACGAGAUUCUCGCAAGUGACAGACUUGUGAUCAACUACUUCAAAUGCCUUAUGGGAAAUGGGAAAUGCUCUCCUGAAGGCGCUGAGCUAAAAUCUCAUAUCACAGAUGCUCUGGAAAAUGACUGUGGAAAAUGCAGCGAUAGCCAAAGAGGUAUGGUCGAAAAAGUGAUUAGGCAUCUGUUCAACGAAAAGACUGAGCUAUGGAAACAGCUACAAGAGAAAUAUGAUCCGGAAAACAAGUACGCCACGAAGUACGGGGACAGACUGAAGAAAAUCACGACUUAAAACAGAAUUACACAAGAAGCUCUUUCUAUAGCAACAGAGCAGAUUCGGCGAGCCGAAGCAAGGCCGACGGUUUUCCACAAUUCGAAUCAUUAUAAAAAAAUGUAACAUACAGUACGAAUAAAAACGUCAAUAAAAUAUGAUAGAUCAAUAUAA